AUGCCUCAGCGCACCCAAGGCGAAGACUUUACUCAAGAUAUUCAGAAUAUAGAUAGCAGCUCCGCUGCUGACUCGACAGAUUCAGACAGUGACCAGUCCAAUGACGAUUCAGAUUUAUUGCGUGUUCGUACUGCAAUUGCAGCACCUCCUCUCAAUGCAUCAGCCGAAGAUCUUCGCAAGGCAAGUCUUUAUGUUGCACUCGAACUUGCACAAAGGCUACUUCUAGAUAUGCGAGGAAAGUACCGGGAGGCUCUGAAGAAGAACACUCUCCUUGAGGCUACACUUUCAAAAGGUCGGAAGACAAAGCUCACCAACAAGGACCUCGCACUCGCCACCAAGGAAGAUACCAUCAAGAACUACGGACGCAAGUUUUCUGUCACACACUGCCUCUGGGUCGAUACCAUCAUUUUCCCCUUGCGUGCGCCACCUCCUAGGAUUGAUCUCACAAGCAAAGAGUGGUGGCUCUCUCCGAUGUCAAUACAGGAUGGCGUCAAAGCCGAAAUCUUUCUUUUUAUUCUGCCAGCAGACCACAACAUGAUGGCCCAUAAGAACUUCGGUUCCCAUUUUGUCAAAGGCGUCAAUAGUGUUCGUGCCGAAAUGGUUUCUGAUGUCAAGUCGUGUGCAGCCGCCAUUUUCAAUCUCGACGCAAAGUUCUUCAUACGAGGGUAUGCACGGGAUUUGGAGCCUGCAUGUCGCGCCUUGCUCCUUAACCCUCAAGACGACUUUUUCAAAACAUCAAAGCUCGUUUAUAUCUUGAAAGCGUCUCUUUUUGGCCGAUCCUCGCUAGCUGCCAAUGCGCCUCCAAUGCCUAAAACCAAAGCUAAGAUAUGGGAGUUACGUGCCGUAACUCCAGGCCUCAUCGCAGCAGCAGCAAUCGUUGCUAUCUUUAUUCUUUCUGGCGACAAAGAGCUAGUCGAGAUAGGUGACAAGUCUCGAAUCUCAUACAAAGAGUACCAUAACUACUACCGUCAAACUCUGAUGACCAGCGGCGCCUGGGCCAACAGCAUUUACACCUUCUUCAACAAUUCCCUCUUUGCUACUUCUUCCUCUGUAGCUGCUCUGGGCUCAGACUUUGUAGGUGUGAGCAGUGGUCCACACAAUACCUGGGAAGAGGAUUUCGAGCGUGUGAUGGAAACGGGGGGUGAUUUGCCAGAAGUUGAUGCUCCCCGAGCCAUAUCACCACUCACUGACGAAGAAGAUACCCCACCGUCAGCUGUCCGUCGUGUUGCCAACUUGAAUGCACCUAAUAUUCUCGCACCUGAAUCUAUAUCUGCGGCUAUGCAAGGUCUUGCUGUAGCAGAUUCACAGGACCGCGAGCUAUUGCCACCUACGCCUGCACUCAACGAUUUGGGCUCGCAGGCACCUGAAAUGCUUACCAACGAUUCAGAGUCUGGUCCAGGUGCUCUCAUUCAGAAACCCAAGCCCAAGCCCAAGCCAAGGCGCAAGACCAAGGGUGGAGCCAGGGCCGAGGAUUUAAUGUUAGGUGCUGCUGAUGAGGAUCUGGCAUUGGUGCGAAGGUCUGGCCACGCAAAGAAAUAA